CCCCUCUAGAUAUUUCCCUUCUUCCCCGUCUAUGGUCAUCUUCCUCCGCACAACCUGUCCCGAGCUUCUAUUUCUCCCUUGAAAUUCCUUCCAAAUUCGUCUCCAAAAUCGACUCCAAAUUCAGCAAAUCUUCAAAUUAGAAGCCAAAAUCGACCACUUCAUCUGUUUCCUCAUCUGGAUUUGCUUGUAUCUUUAAUUUAUACUGGAUUUUGAGGUGCCUCCCAUGCAGACCAAGACCAUGGAGGCCGGCGGCGGGUCUCCAUCCAGCAUACGGCGUCUCCUUCUACAAGCGGCUGCACCUGCCUGCCAUCGGGACAGCGGAGGCCGGUAGCGUUGACUUCUGAUCUCCAUCGCUCUCCCGCUUUUUUCUUCUCUCUCCUCCUCUUUUCCUCUCUCUUCUACCUUUCUCUCCCGAGGAGGCCGCAUCCUCUGCAAGCGACUCUGACAUACUGCGAGGCGACUACUCUGACAAUCCGAGCCUACGUGGCCUGCGGGGCAGCGGGUUGAAGCGACGCGUUGGCCAUGCCCUUAGUUCAUAUAAGUUGAAUACCAUAUGUGAAGUUGGGCUUGGGCAAUAGCAAGUUUGAUCUGAUUGUGCUGCAAGAGAUGACUAUUAAUUCUGUGGCAAUAUCUUCUAUUCUUGAUGAUUGCAAAAGUUUGCAGCAACUGUGGUUCGCAUGUGCUGGUUCAGGUGUUACAGUUCCUCAAUUAGGGGAACUUGUAUUCUACUUUCCCCAAGGACACCUGGGGCAGGAUGGGGGCAUCUCCAUGCAUUUGCACGGUGUUCCCUCACAGAUCCUAUGCCGUGUAAUCAAUGUGGAGCUGAAGUCAGAAAAUGAUUUUGUCCAUGCUUGCCUGAUCUUAGUACCUGAGCUCGAUCAAUGCUUUAAGGAAAUUGAUAGCAAGUGUCUCCCUUCAUCAACACCAAGGCUUUCAGCACCAUAUUUCUGCAAGAAAUUAAGAGCUGCUGACACAAUGGCUCAUGCUUGGUUUUCUAUACCAAGGAAGCAUGCUGAGAAAUUCCUUCCGCCAUUGGACAUGACCAAGAUGGCACCGAUCCAGGAGCUUGUCGUGAAGGAUCUUUCUGGGAUGGAGUGGCACUUCCAGCACAGAUUAGUGGGACCAAGGAGGCAUCUCCUUCAAACUGCAGAGUAUGCAACUUCCAAAAAUCUUGUUGCAGGGGAUGUUAUUGUCAUUUUGAGAGGAGAAGAUGGCCAGCUACAUGUUGGGGUUAGACGAUGUAUGAGAAGUAUUGGGAAUAUGCCUCCGUCAGAAGUAACUAGUAAUGAAGGUCACAAAACUGGCCUCGGUAUUCUUCCAAGUAUAAGUCAUGCUAUUACCGCAAGGUCCAUUUUCACCGUCAUAUACCGACCUAGGACAGGUACAGGUCAAUUUGUUGUGCCAUAUGAUCGAUAUGUUGAGUCUGGAAAGAUUUGUUCAGUAGGGACAAGAUUUAGAAUGAUCUUCAGGGAAGCGACCACAGAGCGCAGAGUUUCUGGUAUUAUAUCAGGUUUCGAAGAUUUUGAUCCAACAUGGCCUGAUUCAAAGUGGAGAUGCCUAAAGGUGAAAUUGAACAAGGACUCAUCAGUUGCAAUUCCUGAAAGAGUUUCUCCAUGGGAAAUAGAGCCACAGAAGAGAUCUUCUAAUGCCAUACUUACGUAUUUGGAUACGAAGAAACCUUCUAUUCCAAGAGGUUUAUUUAGAGAGGAUUCAAGGCAGGAAGCAACAGUAUUGGCAACACAUAACCCUUCUUGUGUUGAUCCGGAAGCCUGUCUUAACAAUGCAAAAUACAUUUUCCAGUUGUGUCAGGAUGGAUCCUUGACGCAUGCAUCCUCCUCACUUGUAGAGAACAGGAUAUUCCUCGGUGCUGUUGAUGCCCUUAUCUGUCUCUCAGUGGGUUCCUCUUCUCGCAGCUUCUCUUCUGUUGAUGAUCUUCGCAUCCAAACAAAAGAAGCUCUGGAUAUUGCAAUGUCAGAGCUUGCAAGAACAUUCCAUGGCCUCAAAUUGUGGAACGUCAACCAUUUUAAGGACCUUGAUAGCCUACCUAGCACCAUGAGUAAGUUAUGCAGUCCAUCAGCCUUAGAUAGCCUCUGUCUCUCCUCAACCAGUAGUGAUCCAGUUUCGUCGAGCUCCCUUAGCACUGGUGCUUCAAGCAGGAACAGCGAGUUGAUGCCUGCAGAAGACUGUUCAACGUUUCACAGGGUCAUGUCUUGCUUGGAUGAAAAGAAGUUUGAUUUGAUCAACCAGAACUCCAUCAGUUCUGUACGGAGUAUAGCCAGCCGAAUGAUCCAAGCUGGGUUCACAGAAAGAUUAAGGGAGACAUUCACUGAUUUAUCGCAAGAGUUGAUUAGGGAUUUCCACAUUCUUGACUCGAACUGGAUUUUCCAAUGCCAUUCACGGGUCGAUGAAGGGGACUCCUGUGUUGGGGCAAGUGUGAGACUGCAGUAUUGGAAUUUGGCAUCACAGUUCAUCACAAGAGUUCUUGUUGAGAUGCGACGGCAGCUAAGUGAAGCGGAUCUUGGUGCAUUUGAUGAGCUCAAGGGGGACUACUUUGCAAAGAUUGUGGAGCAGCCAGUUUCAAAGUUACUGAACGUUGCUUCAACGUUAGCUGCACUUAACAAACUGUUGGAGGAGAUCCCUCAAGGAUUGGUUGAGUGUGUGCAGACUGUUUUCCCCAGAAUCGUUCAUGCGCUCAGUACAUACAGCACACUCUCAGAUGUUGUGCCAACUUUGCUGGAGUUGGUAUCACCGGACUCUAGAGAAUCAAUAUCUAGAGAAGCCGAAGCAAUUCGCAAGAAGGUGGAGGAUGUGGUGAACAGAAUGCUUGACAUUCUUACAGAUGCGAUGUCAGCAAGUUCUCUGCCAGAAGCUGAAGAUACUGAUGUUCACCCUGUGACAAAAGCUGUUGCAGAAGGCACAGGGUCAUUGUUAGAACACAGAGAUUCGUUGAAUUUAAUCCUUGCUCACAGCUGUUGCCAGGUGUAUGAAGGUCUCCCAGCUAUAGAAUCUUAUAAUAGCCUGAUAUCCGGCCUGAUCGUGCAUUUGCAAUCUGUGCUGAGAAGGAGCUGCAAGGGACCACUGCAGAAAGAGUCGCGGUACAUUUUCUUGUUGAACAACAUGCAGUUCAUUCUCAACCAAUUCAAAAGCUCAGCGAUGGAGGAUCCCAUCGGACACGGUGACUGGGCCAUCGAGCAUCACGAAGCAAUGGAGCAUUACAUGAAAGAAUAUAUUGAGACCUCCUGGGCACCUGUAUCCUCUCAUCUGGCAGCUAAGGACGGAAAGCGUCUUCGUUUCUGGAGACAUUCAUCCGUGCAGCAGUUCACCGCAGCCUUCCAAUGUGUUUGUGCUAAACAGAGGCACUGGAAGGUGCCUGAUCCACAUCUUCGUAAAACGCUGAGGGCAUCCAUAUCAAGGAAACUUGUCCCAGCGUACUGUGAGUACGUGGGAAAGCAUCCGAAGGGUAGCAAAUCAAUAAGGAUAACUAGAGAAGAGCUGGAGGAUCUACUGUCAGAAUUGUUUGAAGGAUGAUUGAAAAGGAAAAGAUGUUAUAACCACAUAAAUGGAAAAAAUAAGUUGAAUAAAAGAAUUACCUUCAAGACGCUUUUUGGUAUUUUGGACUUAUGGAUCUCUUUGCCGUCUACCACUAUUCCUUGCCUUUUGCGCUCAUAUGUCCAGCUUGGUGAAGCAACUUUUUGGCGUAUUAUUAAUUUAUUAUGGCCUUCAUCUAUUGUACUUCAUACACUUGUACGGUUGUACUUGCUUGGUUUACUAAUCUUCCUAAGUCAUUCGUCUGUAUCUCCUUUGGCUCA